AUGGACGAAGGAGAAAUUAUGCAAUGGGACCUAGUCCCUCCAGACAUGUCUUCCAGUGAUUUGUUUUUCACUGAAGAGAGUUACAAGAAAUUUUCCAUUGAAGCUGAUCUCUCUGAGCAAAUCCUCAGCAAAUACAAGGAGCUUGGUCCUUACAUUUACACAAAUGACACUGAGCUACCAGAGUUUAACUUUGACAAGAAAACAGCUUCACAAACUUCCCCUGAUUCACUUUCUGAAGUCAAUGGCUUGAAGAAGAAUCCUGAGUGUAUUACGUCCACUGUUGAUGAUGAAAUGGAAAAUGGCAAUAAGCCUCUGCCAGAAACCAUGGAAUCUGUUAAGAUUUUAGAUGAUGGAAAUUCAUCCAAUACUGUGUUUGAAAGGCCAGCUUCCUGUGAUAAUUCUGUUAAGUUUGGAUCACUUCCACCUGCAGAAGACCAUUCCCAGAAUGUUUCAUAUGGUCGUAAACGCCUUCGCUAUCCUCGUUAUUCUUUACUCAAUACUUCAGAACAAAAGUUUUAUGUCUCAAAGUUGACAUUGUACAAAAAAUCACGACCAGAGCCAGAUUGCCCUGAAUAUGCCCGAUUCUUGAAAUUGCAUAAAAAAGUUCAGAAAGAACAGAAGGAAUUCAUUGCAUAUUUGCAGAAAGCAAGUAUGAAAUUCAAAGAGGAUUAUACUUUUCUUGAAGAAGUUGCAGUACGAUAUAUGCAGAAAAAACAUGAAGGUAUCUUGAAGCGUCUCCAAGAACACAGUCCCUUCAACCUUCCAAUUGACAAGGUCCCCAUCGUUACAAAUCACUGCAAAACACAUCAACUCCAAUCUGUUAAAAUCCUCUUACAAAUGGGUGAGGUUCCUGUCAACUUUCCAUUCCUAAAUAAGAAAAUGAAAACUGUUUUGGAUUAUGAGAUCCUUCAGCAACGCUUCCCAACUGAGAGAACUCAAUUGCCAAACAUGGAAUCAUUUAAUUGUAAUCAGGUUUGUAGUAAAGACCGCAAUGCUCAAAAAUUGGCUCAAAAAUACCAGUGUGAUAUUGUCCUGUCCUCCAGUGUACUCAAAUGCUUGGUUGACAAUCAUGCACCUCACUUUGAGAAAAGUUGGGAUAUUCCUGUCAGUGUCCAAGAAUACCAAUCUGAAGUGUCAAAAAAUGUCAUGCACAAGAUAAUCUUCCUUGAUAAACCAUUUCACCUGGAACCAGCAGAAGAAGACAGUGAUUCUUCUCCAGAAUUGGUAAUUCAUUUUGAGAGUUCUGAUACAGAUGAAACACAGGCUGAAAAUAAAGCCAGCUGUGACAAAGAUAAGGUCUCAAUGAAAGUACCAGCAAUAAACAGAUCAAAAAUUACAAAUACCCAAGUACCAUAUAAUUCUGCAUCACCAAUACCAAAUCUAUUAGCAUCCUCUCCAACAUUAAUAAUAGAUACUCCAGCAUCACCAACACCAGUUGCCCCAGUAUUGCCAACACCAAUACAAAUAUCAUGUACUCCCGGAUCACCAGCAUCAGAUCUUUCAGCAUCCCCUCCAGCAUCAGUAGUAGAUGUCUCAGCUUCACCAAUACCAGAAACCCCAAUAUUGCCAACAUCAGACUCCACAUCAUUACAAAUAUCAUAUACACCUGGAUCACCAAUAGCAGAUCUUUCAGCAUCCCCUUCUGCAUUAAUAAUAGACACUCAACCUUCACCAACACUGGAUGCCCCAAUAUUGCCAACAUCAGACUCCACAUCAUUACAAAUAUCAUAUACACCUGGAUCACCAAUAGCAGAUCUUUCAGCAUCCCCUUCUGCAUUAAUAAUAGACACUCAACCUUCACCAACACUGGAUGCCCCAAUAUUGCCAACAUCAGACUCCACAUCAUUACAAAUAUCAUAUACACCUGGAUCACCAAUAGCAGAUCUUUCAGCAUCCCCUUCUGCAUUAAUAAUAGACACUCAACCUUCACCAACACCAGACGCCCCUGCAUCACCAACACCGGAUGCCCCUGCAUCACCAACACCGGACGCCCCUGCAUCACCAACACCGGACACCCCUGCAUCACCAACACCGGACGCCCCUGCAUCACCAACACCGGACGCCCCUGCAUCACCAACACCAGACACUCCAGCUUCACCAGUACCUGAUGCGCCAGGCUCACCUUUAUCAAUGCAAGAAAACUUGUCAGAACCAUUUGAAAGAGCAAUGGUUCUCAUCCCAACUGAAUCUAACGAGAAUGUCUUUGAAUUUGAUGAUAUUAAACCAAAAUCUCCAAUCAUUUCAGAUGUUGACAAUACCAGUCUGUCAAAGAAAAGAAAGCACCAUGCAGCAUUUGAGUUUGGACCUUUGGAUAGUAUCUUAGAGAAACAGGAAGAAUUACUGAAGGCAACCAAUAGAAUUAAACCUGCAAGCAUAGAAACAAAAGCUGCUGCUACCAUUUCCAAAAUGAACAAUGAAAGUACAGUCAAGCAUUCCGACAACAUCCUUCCUGAAAUUAAAUUUGAUGAAAAUCCCGAAGAUUAUCUAAAACCUGGAAAAGGAAAAAAUGUUACUUACUGCAUUUGGAAUUUUGGUGAUCUCCGCCUUUUGGUACGAUGCAAAUACAGUGCUGUCAAGAAGAAAAAAAAAAAUAAAGAAUUUGUAUACCUGAUGCCUAAAUUGGAAUACCAAGUGGGAUUUGGUCAUGAACAAACAACUAUAAGUGAUGCCAGCCAAAUGUGGAUAUCCUCACUCAUCAGGCAUAAUUGUUCCAUUAACAGAAUUCGUAUCAACGCUUUUUCUUCUGAUGUUAUGAUGGAAGAAACAUUCUCAUUUCGUCAAAUAUGUCAACUCUAUAAUCCAGCAUCAGCUAAUAAUUUUAUGUACAAUCUAUUCAAAAAACUUCAAAGCCUAAAACCAGGAAGCUACUUUCUUAGCCAUACUGAAGGUGAAAAUGCAUCUGUUAUCAGUCAAGUUAUGCCAGAAAAAUCCCAUCCUCUCACAUUUGAUCUCAAAAAGAUCUAUACUUACUCCUUUCCAAUCUCUCUCUCUCUCUCUCAUAUUUGUUCUCUGUCCAUUUGCUCAAACUUGUCAAGUACAUUACUCAUUGCUUUACACUUCCUCUCCUACAUUGAGCCUCCUUUCUCCAUUAUAUGUCAGAAAAAUGUUAGCCGUUCUUUCUAUUUUUUUUAA